AUGAUGGUAUGUAUCGCUUGGCUGCUCAGAUUCACAUCGUCUGUCGCAGUCCUGGCACUGGCUUCACCUGUAGUCCUACAUGCACAGCCUGCUGCACAUUAUGAGCCGCUUCGUCAGCCAACAACCUACACAUCCGAAGAUGGAAAGCUAGAUGUCACCUUAACUGUCACCGCCAGCCGCAUCCAUGGGCCGCUCAGAAUUGAAUACAACACUCGUCUGUAUGACGGUGAGUUUCCCGGCCCUACGCUACGGUUCAAGGCUGGAGAUGAUGUCAACCUUUUGUUGCGGAAUGAACUAGGUUUCAACGAUGCUACCGCCGAGGCGAUGUCAGGCAACAAUGAGCUACACCAUCCGAACAGUACGAACAUGCAUCUGCACGGUAUGCACGUUGCAUCCACUGGAGCUCAGGACAACGUUGCUCUCACCAUUGCUCCUGGAUUUUCUUUCCAAUAUGAAUACAAAAUCAAUUCAAAACAUCAUGCUGGUACCACGUACUAUCAUCCCCAUUUACACGGGAGUACAAAUUUGCAAGUCUUUGGACUCAUGGCCGGUGCUUUCAUCACAGAAGACAAUCCUGAUGAUACUCCCGAAAAUUUACUUGCCAUGGAUGACCUUGUUGUGAUGGUUCAAAGUGUAUACUUGGCCGAUGAACAAGCAUUCCUCACUGUGUACGGUCACAAUGGUACCAGCAAUAUGCCUGUAGGUCUAAAGAAUCCAGAAGGAAUUAAGCGCAAUAUGUUGAUGGUAAACGGUCAAUACAAGCCUCGUAUCGAUUUCGCAAUUGGCGAGCUGAAGCGUUUGCGAAUUAUUAGUGGAUUGGCCUCAGAAGCAAUGCUAUUCGGACUCUCGAAAGAUAGUGCCUGCCAACUAUACGAAAUGGCCUACGAUGGUGUGUACCUACCAGCGCCACGCGAAGCCGGCACCAUCUUCCUUCCCUCCGGUGGACGCGUUGAUGUUGCUGUACAGUGCUCAAAGUCGGGCAGCUUUGCCCUCACCACAGUGCCGGACAAACGUUUGGCGGACUACGCCCAAAUCUGGGUGCCAGUACCCGGGCCACCGACAGACCCGGAGAAUGUGCAGCCCAUGCUCAUGAUAGAAGUAAGUAGCGAAGAGAUGCCAAUGGAACUACCUGAUAUUCUGCCCGACCUUCCUGAGUAUCUACAAAAGGCUAGGGAUGAAGAUGAAAACCCUGACGCGGAAUGGGAGACCUCGCUCUCUAUUGAACUGUCAGAUGCCGAUGGCGCUAAUGUAAUUAAUGGACAAGCUUUCGAUCCUAAAGGUCCUCUUCUCGACUCGAUAGAGCUGAAUGCGUUCUAUCAAUGGGAUUUAUCAGCAGGCGAAGUCUUUCAAGAAGGCGAAGGCUAUCCCCAGCAUCCGUACCACCAACACAUCAAUCACUAUUUAAUCACAGCCAGCGAUCAUGUUACUGAUGGCCUGUUAUUCCGAAAAGGAGACUUCCGCGAUACGAUCCCGUUGUUUGAAUCGACGCCAGUUGGAGUGCGUUUCUACGCUGCUGACUAUACCGGACCAAUGAUGAUGCACUGCCACAAUCUGGGACACGAGGAUAAGGGAAUGAUGGCUGUCGUCGGCAUAGACGAGGCUAGCAACGACCAAGCUAGCGAAGACGAAGAUUAGACUGACACGUUCAC